CUGGCACAUCCCUGGACACCACUGCAUCUGAACAUCUAGCAGCAUAUGCUUACAGUUAGAAGCAGGAGCCACCACAGCUUCUAGAAAGGACUAGAGGCAGGAGCUGGAGAGGUAAGUCACCAGGCACAUUCCAGGGCUGGUGAUGUUCUCGCCUGCAGGCUUGCUCCGAGCUGCUGUCCUACCCAUGGGGCCUGAGAGUAAGGACAGGGACUCGUUCUGUGGCCCAGAACUAAGCCACAGGGAAGAGAGCAAUGGCCCCACACAGGAACAGCAUAGACCCCACUGUCCUUGUAACCGUGUCCUGGGCCAGGACUGCCUAGAUGGGCAGAUCUUAGGCCAGUUGCGCCCCCUGUCAGAAGAGGAAGAAUCCUCUGGGGCUACCUUCCUCGGGGAGCCUGCCUUCCCAGAGAUGGACUCAGAGGAUCUCCGCUUAGCCUCCUUCUACGACUGGCCAUCUACUGCAGGGAUUCAGCCUGAGCCAUUGGCUGCUGCCGGCUUCUUCCACACAGGCCAGCAGGACAAGGUGAGAUGUUUCUUCUGCUACGGGGGUCUACAGAGCUGGGAGCGUGGAGACGACCCCUGGACAGAGCAUGCACGAUGGUUCCCCAGGUGCCAGUUCCUGCUACGGUCAAAAGGAAGGGACUUUGUGGAAAGAAUCCAGGCCUACACCCCCUUGCUUGGAUCCUGGGAACAACGGGAAGAACAGGAAGAUACGGUCUCUGCCACUCCCUCAGCUCCCACCCAUGGAAGCCCUGAGUUACUCAGAUCCAGAAGAGAGACUCAGUCUGAAGAUGCCAGUGAGCCAGGAGCUGAGGAUGUGCAGGAACAGCUGCGACAGCUGCAGGAAGAGAGGAGAUGCAAGGUGUGCCUGGACCGAGCCGUCUCUGUAGUCUUCGUGCCCUGCGGCCACUUCGUCUGUACUGAGUGUGCCCCCAACCUACGGCUGUGCCCGAUCUGCAGGGUGCCUAUCUGUAACUGUGUACGCACGUUCCUGUCCUAAACCAG